AUGUCGCGACAAUCGAUGCUGAGUAGUGCCGGAACCUUGAGACGAGGAACUCCGAAUAAGACAAGACCAGAAUCGGUAAACGGAAUACUAGAGCCAACAGACACUGAUAAUACACCAACAGUGACGGCUACGAAAGAACAGAUAGCCAGGGAAUACCUCACCAGCAAAGCAGCCAUCAUAGGCACAAAUGCGCUAUUGACCAAGGACGACAUAUACGACGCCAUGCUACGGGCUACCAGGCUGCCCAAGAAGGAAUUAGAUGUCGCACUCAAAACGGUGGAGCAUGGGAUCACGCUAUUGAGGGAUAUGGAUGAGAAACAAAACCAACACCAACUGCUAGGUGAAAUAAAAGGCGCAGUUGAGUCAUCAUUCGCAAAACUAGACAUAGAAAAGCAAUUACAGCACCAGCUCACACAGGUCAGGAAUGAAUUCAAUGAAAGGCUGGACUCCAUCGCGGCCAACAUCAACGGAACAGAAGAGAAAAUCAACUCUAUUGCUAAGAACAGCCAACCAGCUGCACCCGAAGCCUCUUACGCCGAUGUCAUGCGAACGAAUGGUAAAGGAACAAUGGCCCCGACACAGGCCAUGGCGCGACAGAGAAUGCGCGCUCACAUUGAAGUAAAGCGCCAACAGGUACUAAUCCUAAACGUAGGGAACGAGGCAGGAAAGGAAAUCUCGGGAGAGAUUCUGGAAUACCUUAAUAACAUGCUAAUAAAGAUGGGCGCCCUGAACAAGGGCACUUUUGUCUCUGCAACGAAACUAAAGAAUACUGAUAAUCUCCUUACAGAAGUGAGCUUGCCCGAGCUAGCAGACUGGAUCCACCGAGUUGAACAGAUGAUACAAUUCACGACACUCUCUGGCCAAGCACUAACGAUUGCCGACAAGGAAUACGAGAUCAUACUACAUUUUGUACUGAUAACUUUUGGCGCAGAUGAUGCAUUUGAGCUGCAACGACUGGAGGACAUCAACAACCUUCCGACUUGUUCUAUCACCCAAGUGAAGUGGGCCAAAGCAAUACAGAGACAAACGGAAGGACAACGUGUUGCAAGUCUCCUCCUGUACCUCAACAAUGCAAAUGCUGUGAACCAAUUACUGCUAUCUGGUGCAGUCAUAAGUAAUAAGAGAGUCGAAGCCAAGAAAACAGUUAAAGAAGAGAGAAGAUGUUACAAAUGUCAGUGA